AUGAUGUCAUCAAUCCCUUACGAUGCCUCUGCAGUAAUGUCUGGAACGGUAAAUCCCGCAAAUCCGAAUUACGUGGUCCCUCUAACACCCUCCGCUGGGGUUAAUACUGGUACCGCUGCCACCUAUAUGCGUAGUGCUCUAACACCCCAACAACAAGCACAAAUCAGUGUUUCUCCUGAUGCCACAUUUAUGUACCAAUAUGUCUCUCCUCCUCUUUCCUCCUCCUCGUCUCCCUAUGCAACCACUUCUCGAGAUAGGAUCACUCAACCCACAGCAGCUACAGCCUUACCCAAUCCUUUCUUAGAUUAUGCUGCAGUAACUGGUCAACUGCCUUAUUAUUGUCCUCAGUACUUUCAAUAUUCAUUGCCCACAACCGCAGACGCCGCCUAUCAACAGCAGGCACAAGCCCAGUCUGUUCAAUCCAUCGACCCAUCUAUUCUUGGAGCCUACCAACUCUCAUCGCCGCCUCCACAGCCUCUAAUUCCUGGACAAACAUUAGAGGGUACAACCAUAAUUCCACAACUCCUUGCCAACGUUAACACCCCCACAGCACCGGCUUGCAACACAUCAAGUAGUUGUUCCACACCCGCUGGUGCUCCUACUGGAGUCUCAUCACCUCAGCCUGGAGCAAAUAGUAGUAAUAGCCAACAACAACAGAAGAGAAGACUUUCUUCACCACUUGUCCUUCAACAGCAGCAUGCUCAACAGUCGUCACGGCAGCAACAGGAUCAACAACCAAUGCAGCAAAACCAGCAGCAACAGGUUGGAGGAGAAGCAAUUCCCACUGCUGUGAGUACCGCGAUGGCUUUUUCUCCAAAUGGUUUACUUUUUAUGGUCUUGCCUUCCUUCUCUCAACAGGCUUCAGCACCUCCUAUAUAUGGUGCUGUAGGGAUGUCUGAUGCAAGUCUACCCCCCACCUCUUUCCAAGGUCGUUUCGUUGAUGCUGAAGGUGGAUUGAAUGGUGGCAAUGGAGGAUAUUACCCGUCAGGUCUUCUUACUUCAGAUCAACACAGGCAACAAGCACAACAGUUCUAUGCUACAGCAGCUGCCAUUGCAAACUGCUAUCCUCUAGAUUUCCAACAAUUCUAUGCCACAACUCCUAGAAUAGCUCCUACAGAUCCUUACUGGACAGCUGCUGUAGCACCUAGGCAUCCUUUGACUUGGUAUUCUUCUUCAAGAGGUCACCCAACUCCACCUCCACAGGCGGGAAGAGACAAUGUGCAACAGCAAGAGUGCUAUUACUCGGAUUUAGCUGCAACACUUCAUCAUAUGCGUCUGAGUGGAAGUGGCCAGGGCUCUGGUGUGCCUAGUGAACGUGGUACCUACUCACCAAUUCAAUAUGCUGGUGGAUGGGCUUAUCCAACAGCUUCGCCAUCAUCGCACACCUCGUCUUCUCCUUUCCCGACACUUUAUGGAGCGUCUGCACAGCAACAACAACACCACCAUAGCAUUCAACAACAUCAUGGUGGUGGUGGAGGUGGAAGACAAGGUGGUCAACAGGGGCAUCAUCCCACUUCGAAUGCCGCUAUGGUUACUGCAACCGCUCUGGCUGCUGUUGCAGCUGCCGCCUCUAGACUGCACCAGCAGACGGAGUUUGAUCCGAAGGAACUUGUAAGAAUGGUUCCAGGGAUCAAUCCGAAGGAAUUGGACCCAAGUCUUUUCCGACGAACGCGUUACUUUGUGAUCAAGUCCAACUCAACUCGCCACGUUAUGCUCUCCAUUCAACACGGUGUCUGGUGUUCUACCUUGGCUGGUAAUGAUUGCCUCAACCGAGCCUACCUUUCCAUGCAGCAGCCACCAUCUCCCAAGACUUCAACUGCUGCUUUAACUCCUUCAUCUACCUCACCAAAUGUCUCUGAACGCCUUAUUGAGAUCACUGGAGAUAGUGUUGGUUUGGUCGUGGCUCCAACCGAUACCCAGAAUCCUGGGAAAUUAGCUGAAGGCUCCGAUUCCGCCACCAACGAGAGUUCGAACUCACAAUCACAGACGUUGCCAGAGCGUGGUCGAGUGUUGCUCUUCUUUUCAGUGAACACGUCAGGCUGUUUCUGUGGAGUAGCCGAAAUGACUAGUCCAGUGGACAAGGCCAAGCAGCUAGAUAUUUGGCAAGACAGUCGAUGGCGUGGUGCCUUCAAUGUGCGAUGGAUCUAUGCCAAGAACGUCCCAAAUCGCCUGUUGCGUCACAUUCAAGUGGAGUCGGCGGAGAAUCGAGCUGUGACACAUCUUCGAGACACAAACGAAAUUCUGCCUGCUUCGAAGGGCGAGGAAAUGCUUCAAAUCAUUCACAACAAUUGGUGA